AUGGCGGUGAAGAUGACGAGGCGCAUCACACAGGAGACCUUCGACGAGUGCGUCCAGGGUAACAUCGAUGACUUCGAGAUGGAGCCCGACGAGGCGGUCGAGGAGGCGGUGAAGGAGUUCGAGCUGCAGGGCGUGGACCUUUCGCAGAUCGACAGAACGUACGCGGGUCCGGACGGGCGCGGCGAGCACCCCGCGGCGGCGGCGGCCAGGGCGCACGACGCCGCGGUGGAGAAGGGCGAUUUGCGCGGCAUCGCGGAUACGGCGCGAGCGCUCCGCGAGUGCGUCUCCGGCGAGGGCGCGACGCCCGGUUGGGGAUCCGCGUGCGUCGGCGCGGGAGCCGUGCAGGCGUGCUGGCGCGCGUGCGAGCGCGUCGCGGACGGUGCGGCGGGCGCCUCCUCCGACGACGUCGUGGACGCGAUGCAGACGCUGGCGCUGGUCCUCUCGUGCGACGAGGGCAGGGACACGUUCGUCGCGCUCCGCCAUCCCAUGAACUUCGUCACCGCGCUGUGGCCCGCGUUCGCCUCGACGCAUCCGAAAUCCGUCGCCGAUUGCUGCGCCGUCGUCGCCGCCGCCUGCACGAAAAACGAGGCGUGCAAGGGCGCGUUCAUGAAAGCCGGCGUUGAGACAUCGCUCGUCGCCGUGUUCGUCGACGCCGCCGCCUCCGACCCCCACGCGCUUCGCCACGCGUGCGCCGCGGUCAAGGCUCUGACCACCGGGGACGAUCCCAGAGAACCAGCGUCGGGCGCGUUUACGCACGCGAGGGCGUUCGCCAAGGCUGGCGCGGCGUCCGCCCUGUGCGUCUCGCUGACCGCGGUGGACGCGUCGGAGGACCCCGUCCUGUGUGCCUCGCUCGCCGUCGCUCUCAAGCACGUCGCGGUGAACGACGACAUCUGUAAGGAGAUCGCCGAGCGCGGCGGCGUCGCGAGGUUGCUCGAGUUGCUCCCGGCGAGCUGCGCGUCCGGGGAUGCGAAACUCGCGAGGGCGUGCGCCGCGUGCCUGCGCCAGCUCGCGGGGUCGGACGGCAACAAGUCGCUCAUCGUAAACGCCUCGGGGCUCGCGGUGCUCGUACACGUCGUCAACGUCUUCGGCGCUCGAGCGGGGGACGCGACGAGCGGCGACGCCGACGCGAACAGGUUUCACUCGGUUCAGGAGCAGUGCGUGGGGUGCCUCGCCGCGUUGCUCCUCAAGAACCCGGAUGGCGCCGCGCGGUGCGGCGCGGAGGGCGUGUUCGAACAUGUCGUCGACGCCAUGUCCAGGGCCAGGUCGCACAAGGGCUUGCAGCGGCAGUGCGCCAUGUUCCUUCGCAACGCCGUCGUCCGUAACCCCGAGAACGUGCCCCUCAUCCUGAACAACACCGACGCGGAGGCGCUGUUGCGGCUGAGCAAGAAGAUGCACCCGAAGGAGUGCGUCGACGUGGCGUCCGCGGCGAUGAGGGACCUGGGAUGCGACAACUACAACGAGGGUUGGAAACCCACCACGGCGGUGAUGGGAGCCGACGGCGUGGUUCGAACGCCGGAGGAACUCGGAGACGAACCGCUCGGAGUCAACGGACCGAUACCCGAGGACGACGAGUGA